AACCGGGGCAUAGCAGCCGAAUAGGGCCACAUAGUACGGCUUUCCCCGCCGACCAGAGCACACAGUGCACCAGUUCAGUACAGCAUCGCACUUCGAAGCCGUGAAGCCAUGUUAUCAGCAUGCUUGUCUGGCGAGGGUUCGCACUCCGUGUUCGCACUAUGUUGUCAGCGCCUUUGUCAGAAGUCCGGCAGGUUAACACACACUCUCCGCGAGUUAGUUAGGGACGAAUAGCGAGCCGACCACAGCACAGAAAUUUAGCUUGACAUUAACUAGUCCGAAUCCCGUCCCCAGCCGUCGUCCAGAUUCUGGCCACACCUACAUUCGCGCGUAAUCCCCUUCCCACAUCCGAACUCUACUUAGUGUCAUGUGGACCCCAGCUGCGACCGUCACUAGGUUAUCGGGUCGAUUAAUAUCAUCGAGACGAAGCAGGCCAAAAGCAGGUCGCGCGCUUUCCGCUUCAGACAGCGCUGGCCGGCCAGAUUCGUGCGAUAAUCGACGAAUCUCAUCCGUUCGAUCGACAGCAUCAGGCUACACAGAGCCGUUGACGAGCGGGAAUGGUUGCUUAGGAAGGCGUCAGCUGCGUGCCGUUCCGCUGUGUCCGUUCGUCGUGUCGGCCUUUCUCCUCCUCCUCCUCGCGUCCCCAGGCACGAGUUCCGCCAGGCUAGCACCCAGCAGGGCAAGAGUUGUAACCAGCAGGGCUCUUAAAUCCAUCUUUUCCGGGCCUCUCACUUCCACCGUGCUCCCCGCGUCUCCCGGCGGCAGCGCCCUCUUGUCGUUUUUCUCGCCAGCUUUAAGGGGGAAUAGCGGGCAGGAGCGCGCGUCUGAGACGCCUGAGGCGCGUGAGCGCAGGAGCCUCAAGUCGCUGGCCGCAGCAGGGGAUGCGCUCAGAGCACACGAGCCGCCGUCGGUCCGAGGCAAGAAGAGCAACCCGCCCGGCAUGCUGGACUGCGUGCUGCCGUAUCAGGAGUGCGACUUCGCCUUUGACGGCUCGCUGGCCCUCGUGCCCUUCUACCUGCUCCCCACAAUGCGCCCCUCGCAGCCCUUCUCCGACUCCCUUGUACUCUACAAUGCAUCGACGCGGACGACAGCGCCGGUGAUCGGUGGAACGCUCAAGAAAAAGUGCCGCGCAAAAAGAGUUGCUCGCAAGGCGUCGUGCCCAUCAUUCGACCUCGUCAACAGUCAAGGCAUUAAGCUGACUGUGCGGGGCUCCUCACCUGGACUGCAAUACUCGGGGUUGUGCUUCAUAGUGGAGUUCGACACUCUGCUCAUUAAGAUGGGGCUGGGCCGCAACAACAUUGCCAAACUCAAGUCCAAGGACGACAACCCACAGUUCCCAGAGAAUCGGAGGUGCGCAGUCUUCCGGGUGGUUUGAGAGAGCUCGCUGUGCCUCGCGCGCUGGACUCACAUUUUCUAAUACACGGGACCCUAGGUCCCUCAGUAGGUGUGGCUCUAGAGGGUUGCCAUGCCAUGGUAGAUGUUGCUGCUGCUUGGCUGCUGCUCAGUCCACGCUGUACACAUCUCCUGGCAGUAAAUCAGCUUGUUUUACACUGGCGCGGCGCACCUCUCAACUUAUACAUAUGUUCAUAUGUAGAAGUUAUAGGCUAGAUAGGUUUGUGUUCAUAGAGGGUACAACUCCAACCCUAUAACAUCUCCUGUAGUCUCUUGUUCUAAUCAUUCUGCUAUU